AUGCAAGCUGCCUUAGGAGAUCAUGAAACUAGCUAUGCUAAUAUUCCAAGAUAUAUUGCUGCACUCAAGGAAUCAAAUAAUGGAGAUUUUGUGAAACUGAAGUGUCAAGGUUUAGACAUUACGAAUCCACAUUAUAGCCCACAAUUUGAGAGACUUUUUAUAAGUUUUGAAGCACAGUAUAAGGGUUAUAUCCAAGGUUGUAGACCUUUUAUUGGAGGUGAUGGAUGUUUUCUAAAAGGGCCAUUCAAAGGUGAAUUAUUUACUGCAGUAACCUUAGAUGUCAAUUCUGGAAUUUUUCCUAUAGGAGUCAUGAUUUGUGAAGGAGAAAAUGAAGACAAUUUAAAUUACUUCUUUGAUUGCCUGAGUACUUAUUUGCAAGAUCAGAGGGUUAUCACUUUCAUGAGUGAUAGACAAAAGGGAUUGAAAAAAGCAGUGAAGUCCGUUUUUCCAGUCUUAAGACAGAGAUAUUGUGCAAGGCAUCUAUAUGCAAAUUUCAGGGCCAAAUUUCCAGGCCCUAAAUUGAGAAACCUCUUUUGGAUUGCUGUGAAUGCUUACACAGAAGAAGACUUUCAAGAUGCAAUGAACUCAAUCAAAGCAGCUGAUUUUGGAGCACACAAGUGGUUGAUAGAAACUUGUAAAGAAGAUCCAAGUACUUGGUCAAAACAUGAAUUUGAUAGAAUUACAAAGGUUGAUCAUGUUACAAAUAACAUGACAGAAUCAUUCAACGCUUGGAUGGGGAAAAUGAGGCAAAAACCAGUGAUAUCUAUGUUGGAAUGGUAUAGAACUAAGGUCAUGAAGAGGUUUUAUACUAGGCAACAAAAGGCAUUGAGUUGGCAGACUAGGUUACUCCCUAAUGUGAAUGCAAAGGUUGAAAAAAAUCAAAGACAAGGAAGAAACUUUUUGGCAAUUCCUGCUUCUGAGUACUUGUUUGAAGUCUAUGAUGACAAGAAGUAUAUUGUCAAUAUUAGAGAGAAGACUUGUCAAUGCAAUGAGUGGCAAGUGUGUGGAGUGCCAUGUAAACAUGCAAUGAGUUGCAUUUUGUACAUGAGAUAUGAUCCAGUAGACUAUGUCAGUCCUUAUUUGACUACAAAAGCUUAUUUGAGAACCUACAGUGGUAUGAUCAAUGCUAUUCCUGAUGAGUCUAAAUGGUCAACCAACACUCAAAUUCCUCCAUUGAAGCCUCCAGUUCACAAGAGAAAAAAUAGAGCAUUUAAACAAGGCAGAUUGCAAGUAAAUAGAAGAAGAGAACUUAAUGAGGCUCCCAAGGUACACAAAAGGUCAGUUCAUGUCACUUGCAAGGUUUGCAAAGAAGUUGGACAUAACAAGAGGACUUGUAGAAGGAAAGAUGCAAAUAAUGAUUUUGGUUCUCAAAUUUCAAGUGUAGACAAUGGCAGAGGCUCUCAAUCAAGGAUUUAA